GGCUGGGAAUCCGUCAUGCGGUCACUCCCUCCAUCAGGGAAUCGCAUCGGUUCCAGAGAAUUGGGCUCAUAUAUAGAGGCAACGUAUCGGACCGUGCUGGACUCGGUCAGCAUCUACAGAUGGCCGCACGACUACUCACCUUCGUGUCUCUAUUGCUUCCAGGUGUCCGUGGUGUUCAGAUCACGACCACGACGCGGCAGACUAUACAUGGUGUUGGCGCAUCGGGAGCGUGGUGGGUGAAUGACCUCGCGCUCUAUCCGGACGACGUCCGCCAAAACGUCUCCGACCUGCUCUUGAACCAAACUACUGGUCUCGGCCUCACAGACUACCGAUACAAUCUCGGAGGCGGUGGUGUCGGUGUCACCACAUGGGACAGGGCACCGGAGACACCAUACGUCAGUGACGGCGUCUACAAUUGGUCUGCAGACGCAGCAGGCACAUACUACCUCCGAGAAGCAGCCCGACAAGGGGUGCCCGUGAUUACGUUGUUCGUGAACAGUGCCCCCAUCACCAUGACAAGCAACAAUCAGAGCUGUGGCGGCGACCUUGUCACGGAACGCAUCCCUGCAUACGCCCAGUAUCUGACUGACGUGAUUAGCCACUGGAAGAGCGAGGGUGUUGAGAUCACGCACGUCUCGCCCAUGAAUGAGCCCGACGAUAGCUUUGGUAGUUGCAACCAAGAAGGAAUGCAGGUCGUCCCGGGUCAACGUGCGGAGGUCGUCACCACACUGGCGGCGUCCUUGAAAGCAGCCGGACUCUCUACGCUGGUCAUUGCUGAUGAGUCUUCUGAUACCACCAAUUACAACAAUGAUGAACCGGUGUGGCUCAAUGCAACCGUCGGCGAGUCUCUCGGUGGGAACUGUCAUCACCUAUAUAACUUCGCAAGCGCUGCGACGCAACAAGAGGUCUUUGAAUACGGACGCAAUCUCAGCGGUGGUGUGCCAACCUGGUUCUCGGAGAUAUGUUGCUACAAUGCGGCAAAUUCAAACGAAUCCGAUGAUCCACUUGCCACCCUCACGUAUAGCUCGCAGUACGAUCCUACGAUGCUGAGCGGCCUCCGUAUGGCGCAUCUGGUCUGGCAGUCAUUCACCUAUGCUGAGGACUCUCACUGGGACUGGUGGACAGCGCUGUCCAACGAGAUCGGUUGCACGCUCAGUAGCAAUGCCACUUGUUGGGACAAUAUCCAGUCUAGCGGGUGGGAUGACGGUCUCAUUUACUACGACCCAGAUUACAAUAGCACAGAGAACUACAACAUCAAGCUCACCAAGCGCUAUUCCGUGCUCAAGCAGUUCACGAAGGGAGUUCCUGUCGGGGCGGUCCGCCGCGCUGUCACGCCAGACUCCGACACCACUGACGACGCAUGGCGCGUUCUGGCGUUCGACUAUGACUCUGCUUGCGAGCAAUAUAGCACCUGCGCCCAGGUGCCGUACUCAGUCGUCGCUAUGAACGCCCAGUGGAACGCGUCGAGCAUUACUUUGACAAGUAAUGGCACUUUCGCGCUUACGCAGCCCGUUGCGAUGUACCGCACGAGUGUGACAGAGGACUAUGCGGAGGCGGAGGUGCCGACUUUGAGCGCGAAUGGGAGUCUUGAGAUCGACGCCCCGGAGAUGAGCAUCGUUACACUCUUCUUCUAAAG